AUGGUGGAACGUUUCCAUCGCCAUCUAAAGACUGCCCUGCGUGCCGUAGAAGACCCAGGAAACUGGUCGGUCAACCUUCCUCUUGCACUCCUCGGCAUCCGCGCAGCUCUGAAGUCGGAUCUGGGCUGUAGCGCAGCUGAAUUGGUUUUCGGCACUACCCUCCGACUGCCAGGCGAGAUGAUCACUCCAACCUCUCGUGGGUCCGACGAGACUCCUGACAACCUUGUGCACCGUUUGCGGCAAUUUAUGCGCUCUCUUUCCCCGGUUCCACCUCGAGCUCCAAUGACUGAAUCUUAUGUCGAAAAAGACUUGGACAAGUGUACUCAUGUGUUCGUCCGGUGUGACCGUGUGCGCCAGCCGCUGGAAUCACCAUACGAAGGACCGUUCCGCGUGCUCACGCGCAACACCGAGACCUGCCGGAUUCUUCGCGGUGACAAGGAGGACGUGGUCAGUGUCGAUCGGGUCAAGGCUGCGGUUGCAGAGGAGCCGCCGGAUCCGUAUAAAGGACAAAAAUGUGCUGACCCCCUAACCCCUGUUCCUCCAUCUUCCCUAUCCCCUGCUCAUUCAUCCUUCCCACUGCCUUGCCCUUCCCCUCCCUUGCCCUCCACCCCUCCGUCCCGCAUACUUCCUCUCCCUACUUGUCUACAGCAUCCAACUGCAACAUCAUCCUCUACCAUAGCACGCACUCAACCCUCUUCUGCUUACAUCACCCGCAGUGGCCGUCACGUUCAUUUUCCCGAUCGUUUAGUUACGCAUUUUUUCUGGACUUGUGCAUAUCCUCCGGCGCCGUAUUCCGUCGCCCUCCGGUCUAGAAAGGGUGUACUGUGGUGAGGUACCUGACUAAUGUAUCUUUGACAAUUUAGUCCCACUUUCUUUGAUCGGAUUGCUUGUUUGAAUGUGACGAAAAACGACACACCUGUACAACCUGCCUAGCUAGCGUGCUCCUCUGUCGUGGUCUGGUGUCAGUUUUCUUAACGUUCAAAAUCUCUAUAUUAUUCACUGCUCCGUUUUACUUGCUGCCUUUAAGGCUAGGGGCUCGUGAGAUAUAACUCGUUAAUUCGUGAGAACAUUAUCUUUUACGACAAGUUCGUCGACUGAGCAUAUUUUCCUCUGUAUAAGCAAUCUAGCCUUCUUGAAGCUAUCACAGUACGUUAAAAGCCGUGGCUUGGAAGGUUACCAAUUGCCGGGAUAACUUGGACAUCGCAGUCGGCCCAGCGUUGUGUGUUAGUGUGGAGUGGCCUAUCGGUGGUCUAAGAGUCAUUCUGCAAUGUCUUAAUGUGGACUCUAUGGCACUGCCACCUUGUGGGAUCCGAACCUGGUGUGACGGCACGCCAAGGUGCGAGUUCGACUGCGUUAGCCCCUUCAGUUGUUGUUGCUUACAAUCGUGGUCAUUUGCUGUGCACACCAUGGGGUAUGGAAUGGAGCGUCAAGGUGCGGGCUCGAUCAUGCUAUCCAACUGCGUCCUUCCCCGUCCGCGGUCUUCUUGACUAUAUCUUUACACCGGGUCCAGGUGGGGAAGGAGGUGAGAGUGCGAUAAAUGCAGCGCAAGUUCGCCACCACUACGUGCUAAAUCACGCUCAAGUUAUGGUGCCUGCUUCAUCUUGUUGUGGAGCACACGGUCGACAUCGUGGGGAACGACGGUUAAAUUGUCGGUGGUGGCGGCGGCGGCGGUGGUGGUGGUGGUCGUCGUCGUCAUCAUCGUCAGCAAUGUCGGCGGCGAAUCAGGGCUGUGAUCGCCAGUGGUGUUCGAAGUGGUCCCUGUCGUUGACGCCGUGGGGGCUGGUGUAGGGGUAACGAUGGAGACGCCUGAAGAGACAGCAGAUGAAGUUGUCGGGUUGAUGUUCCAUUGGCUCCAGUGAUACCCGACGAUGCCGGUUCGUUCGCGGAAUGCUCAUUGGCAACGUGGGCAUUUUUACGGGGGUGGUUGUUGUCGCGAGCCGCUCUUUAGAUUUUAGCACUGGCCAUCCGCUUGGCCUCACAGAUUACUGCUUCAGUCUUCACCGCCCUUCUUCAGGUCGGUCAGUCCUGAAUGAGGACUUCCCAGGUCCGGGUCAAUUUACAGUUAUUUGGGAGAUGUUUCCAUGGAGCCCUUGUAGCAUCAUUUUUGCCCGCCGUUUCGGCAAGAAGCCGUAGGCACAUCGCCAUAAAAGGGUCGCUUGAGUAUACGCUCGUCAUCCACCCUCACGAGGUGACUGCUACAUCGCGGUUUGAUCUGUUCCACUAUGUCUUGAGUGCUGAGAAUCCUGGUUCGUUUAGGAACUACUGCGUCCGAAAUCCUGUCGUACCUCCACAGCUUCGGUAUUAUUAGUAGAUGACUGAGGGGAUAGUAGGUGAGUUUGCUGACUUCAUUGACAUGGACGGCCUACGUCCCUUUCCCCUAUAGUGGAAUCGCCAGGAUUACCACCCUGUGCAUUUUGAGUUUCACAUGUCAUUGAAGUUGUGGCAGUUCCAGGCGGAGGCCUGGCUGACCUUUGGAGAUUCGGAGGACAUAUCCGUCAUCUACCUUGGUGUUGUUAGAGAUUAUGACGCGUAG